UAGGCCAUCGCUCUUGCUCCUGCCAUUCACACUUCCAUUGUCCAUUGUUCCUUGUUUGAGUUGUACAUACUACCUACACCCACCUUGCUACCCGCAUAGCCCGCAUAACCUUCCUUCCAGCUACCGUCACUCCUCUGAGAAAUCCUCUGUCACUCGCAAAUGAACAAUCGCGGUAGAAGUACUAUUGGUGGAAAGAACACCCACAACCACACCCAGAGCACCCAGGCCAAACCGACCUCGCGAGCUUCUAGCACCACCUCAACUAUCGAUACCCCUUCCGAAACCUCGAGCUGUCCCUCGACGGAUAUGCCACCCAACGGCAAACCCGCAGUCAAUGGCAUCGCCACCGAUAUGGAAUCUACACACCUCAAUGGCGCCAGCAACAAGAAAACGAAUUACAGGAGGAAGCAGUCAACUCCAAUGAUGCCUACUUUUAUGGUUUCGGCCCCUGGCAAAGUCAUUGUCUUUGGGGAACAUGCAGUAGUGCACGGCAAGGUCUGUUGCGCCCGCUCAGCAAUUCAGGGGACCAUACUAAUACUUCUUAUCACAGGCAGCGAUUGCAGCCGCGAUUUCUCUUCGAUCAUAUCUCCUCGUAACUGCGCUCUCGAAAUCGAAACGAACCAUAUCCCUCCGAUUUCCUGACAUUAAACUCGAGCAUACAUGGAAUAUCGACGAUUUACCAUGGAGUACAUUUUCCCAUCCAUCCAAAAAGAAGCAUUAUUAUGAUCUAGUCACCGAACUCGACGAUGAUCUAGUUGCUGCCAUGACACCCCAUAUCGAGAAUGUCUCGGAGGAUGCUCCUGAAGAUGUACGCAGGGUCCAUCGUAACUCGGCGUCGGCUUUUCUUUAUUUGUUGCUAUCGCUGGGAAAUCAAAGCUUCCCAGGAUGUUUAUAUACUCUUCGUUCAACGAUUCCAAUUGGUGCUGGUCUGGGCAGUAGUGCAUCCAUUGCCGUAUGUCUGGCGGGUGCUCUAUUACUACAGAUUCGCACACUUUCUGGACCUCAUCCCGAUCAGCCCGCCGAUGAAGCGCGAGUACAGGUGGAACGUAUAAAUAGGUGGGCUUUUGUUGCGGAGAUGUGUAUACAUGGGAAUCCAUCUGGUGUGGAUAAUACGGUUGCGACUCAAGGCAAGGCUGUUGUUUUCCAAAGACACGAUUAUUCAAAACCACCGAGCGUCAAACCACUAUGGAAUUUCCCUGAAUUACCGCUUCUAUUAGUCGAUACCAAACAAAAUAAAUCCACAGCAGCGGAAGUGGCGAAGGUGGGAUUACUGAAAAAGGAGCACCCAGAAAUUACGGAAUCGAUAUUAAAUGCCAUUGACAAGGUCGCAAUCGGCGCCGCUGAACUUAUUGGACACGAUGAUUUCGACAACGAGGACGAGGCAAGUCUAGCAUCUCUAGGCAAAUUAAUGACCGUCAAUCACGGACUUUUGGUCGCAUUGGGUGUUUCCCAUCCACGUUUGGAUCGGAUACGGGAAUUGGUCGAUCACGAAGGUAUCGGUUGGACCAAACUUACCGGGGCUGGUGGAGGAGGCUGCGCCAUUACUCUUCUCAAACCCGGAGUUCAUCAUGAAACAUUAAAGAAAUUAGAAGACAAAUUGGAUGAAGAAGGGUUUGAGAAGUUUGAGACUACCCUUGGCUGUGAUGGCGUAGGUGUUCUCUGGCCAGCUGUAUUAAUGAAUGGGUGUGAUGAUGAGAAUGGAGGCGAGGAGAUCGAUCAGGAAAAGUUUUUGAACGCUGAUGGCAUUGAAGGCGUGGAAGAACUGGUUGGAGUUCAUGGUGAGGAUGGGGACAGAGAGGCUUGGAAAUUUUGGAGGGUAGAGGAUUAGAUGAGACACUGUUUUUGUCUUCAGGGAGAAAUAAUAGGAUGGCUGGCACGGUGGUGGAAGGAGCCUUUCUUCGCGACCAGAAUAGGAUCACGUUAAAUCAGAGGAGGCCAAUUUGGGAGGAGAUUUUUAGCACAUCUAUCUCUACCUUACGGUUGAUGGAUCGGAUGUUUUCUUGGAUUCUUUGGAAGCGCGCGAAUUUGAGAUUCGUGGUAUGUUAGUACGAAACGAGACUUAUAAUUGCUAAUUAGAAAAAUUUACUUUUCCG